AUGGACAUACCAGCCGCAGCCAAUGCCCUCGGCACACUUGGGGCAGUCUGCUGGUCUAUUCAGCUUAUUCCACAAAUUGUCAUCAAUUACCGACGCCAUAAUGCUACCGGUCUGCAGCCUUCGAUGAUGAUGCUCUGGGCGUGGGCCGGCGUUCCGUUGGGUGUCUACAAUAUCGUCGAGGACUUCAACAUUGCCCUGCAGAUCCAACCCCAGAUCUUGACAUUCCUAAGUCUCGCUACUUGGAUCCAGUGCUUCUACUACCAAAGAAAAUGGUCUAUCCUCCGCUCUCUCGCUGUCGUGGCCCCUAUCGCAACCGUCAUGGCCGGAAUCCAAGUCGCCCUCGUCAUUGGCCUCCGCAUUGUCAAGGCCCGCGGCACAGAUUGGCCCAUGGUCCUCAUGGCUUCCCUCUCCGCCGCCUUCCUGGCCGCCGGAGUACUCCGACACUACUGGGACAUCUACCUUCACCGCACCGUUCGCGGCAUCUCCUUCAUCUUCGUCAGUAUCGAUGCCGCGGGCGACGUAUACUCUCUCGCGUCCCUCUUUUUCCAGCGCCGGCUUGAUAUGUUGGGGGUCGUCAUUUACGCGACUGAGUUUGUGCUCUGGUGCGGGGUGUUUGUGUGCGGAGGAUACUUUAAUUUGUUGCCCUGGGCGAGGAAGAGAUUGCGGGCGAGGGAGGAGGCUGGGAGGUCGAGCGAGUUGGAGACGCCGGGCUCAGAUGCUGUGGCUAACGGCAUUGCUUUGCAUGAUUUGCCUUCUUCGACGUCCGUCUUCCGGACUGCGUCCGGAGACGAUUCUGGGCUCCGAUCUAGAACGGUGGCUUCGCUGUGA